GAGGCGGCGGAGGCUGCGGGGAGCGGGCGGGCCGCGGUCAGCUGCUGCGGGCGGGCUAGUGCCGAGCGCUGCGGCGGGUCUGGGCGUCUCCUGCCGCCGCCCUCCCUCCCUCCCUCCGCCACGAUGCCGGGGAUCGACAAGUUGCCCAUCGAGGAGACGCUGGAGGACAGCCCGCAGACAAGAUCUUUACUGGGUGUAUUUGAAGAAGAUGCUACAGCUAUUUCCAACUAUAUGAACCAGUUGUAUCAAGCUAUGCAUCGGAUUUAUGAUGCACAGAAUGAAUUAAGUGCAGCAACACACCUGACUUCAAAGCUUUUAAAAGAAUAUGAAAAACAGCGUUUUCCACUAGGGGGUGAUGAUGAAGUUAUGAGCUCUACUUUGCAACAGUUUUCAAAAGUUAUAGAUGAACUUAGCUCUUGUCAUGCCGUACUUUCAACACAGCUUGCUGAUGCCAUGAUGUUCCCUAUUACCCAGUUUAAAGAAAGAGACCUAAAAGAAAUAUUGACAUUAAAGGAAGUGUUUCAGAUUGCUAGUAAUGAUCAUGAUGCUGCAAUUAACAGAUAUAGCCGAUUAUCAAAAAAAAGAGAAAAUGACAAGGUGAAGUAUGAAGUAAUAGAAGAUGUCUACACUUCUAGAAAAAAGCAACACCAGACCAUGAUGCAUUAUUUUUGUGCAUUAAAUACUCUUCAGUACAAAAAGAAAAUAGCUUUGUUAGAGCCUCUUCUUGGGUACAUGCAAGCUCAGAUAAGUUUCUUUAAGAUGGGUUCUGAAAAUCUCAGUGAACAACUGGAAGAAUUUUUAACUAAUAUUGGAACAAGUGUGCAGAAUGUUCGCAGGGAAAUGGAUAAUGAUGUGGAGACCAUGCAACAGACAAUAGAGGAUUUGGAAAUAGCCAGUGACCCCUUAUAUAUGCCUGACCCAGAUCCAUCAAAAUUCCCUGUCAGUCGAAACUUAACCCGAAAGGCUGGAUACCUUAAUGCUCGGAAUAAAACAGGCUUGGUGUCAUCUACCUGGGAUAGACAGUUUUACUUCACACAGGGUGGAAACUUAAUGAGUCAGGCCCGUGGAGAUGUGGCAGGGGGCCUGGCCAUGGACAUAGACAACUGUUCAGUGAUGGCCGUGGACUGUGAAGACAGGCGAUACUGUUUCCAGAUCACCUCUUUCGAUGGGAAAAAAUCUUCAAUUUUGCAGGCAGAGAGUAAAAAAGACCAUGAAGAGUGGAUCUGUACAAUAAACAACAUAUCUAAACAAAUAUAUUUAAGUGAAAAUCCAGAGGAAAUUGCUGCACGAGUAAAUCAGUCAGCAUUGGAAGCUGUCACUCCUUCCCCAUCUUUCCAGCAGAGGCAUGAGAGCCUGCGGCCAGCAGGACAAUCUCGGCCACCUACAGCUCGAACAAGCAGUUCAGGAUCCUUAGGAUCUGAAUCUACAAGUUUGGCAGCCCUCUCUCUAGAUGCUCUUGUUGCCCCGGACACCCCAAUACAGUUUGAUAUCAUUUCUCCUGUGUGUGAAGAUCAGCCUGGUCAGGCAAAAGCGUCUGGCCAGGGAGGAAGGCGUACGAAUCCAUUUGGAGAAUAUGAAAAAAGUGUAAAAGAAGAAAUUGAAGGUUCUAUUUAUCAUCAGUUAUUUAUUGUCCGAUUCCUUGGUUCUAUGGAGGUAAAAUCAGAUGACAAUCCAGAUGUUGUUUAUGAAACAAUGCGCCAAAUCUUAGCUGCCCGGGCCAUUCAUAACAUCUUCCGUAUGACAGAAUCACAUUUAUUAGUCACUUGUGAAUACUUAAAGUUAAUUGAUCCGCAGACACAAGUUACGAGGCUCACGUUUCCAAUCCUCAGUGUAGUGCUCUUUGCUACACACCAAGAAAAUAAGAGGCUUUUUGGAUUUGUUCUUCGUACAUUGGGAGGAAGAAGUGAAAGUAAUUUGUCAUCUGUCUGCUAUAUAUUUGAGUCAAACAAUGAAGGAGAAAAGCUUUGUGAUUCUGUUGGACUGGCAAAACAGAUAGCUCUGCAUGCAGAACUGACACGUAGGGCAGAAGAAAAACACAAAGAAAGAAUGAGGGAAAAAGAGAAGCAAGAGAAAGAGCUCAGUAAACAAAAACAAAUUGAAAAGGAUUUAGAAGAACAGAGUCGGCUGAUAGCUGCUUCCAGUAGACCGAACCAGGGCAGUAAUGAGGGGCAGUGUGUUGUCCUUAGCAGUAGCCAGUCAGAAGAGAGUGAUUUGGGAGAAGAAGGAAAGAAGAGAGAGUCAGAAGCAUAAAUAUACAUUUUUUGUUAUUUCCCCCCCUUGGGAUUUAUUGACAGUUUCUGUGAUGAAAUGGCACAAGGUAACAACCACGUUGAAAUAUCAAGGAGAGUCAAGUUUAUAUUUGCUUGUUUCCUUUUAAAGUAAGAUUUACCUUGAUGACUUAACUUUGCAUUAUUGUUUCCUUGAAAGUAAUAUACUCCAGCAACAUCAAAUUCCAUGUGUCUAAAAGUUUAUCUCCCUGACUUAGAUGGCUAAGGAAUUAUACUUUUCCUUUUUUUUCCCCCUUCAAAUUAUGAACUUACCUUACAUCAUAAUUGGUUGUAACCAAUGAGAAAUCACUUACUCUUCCACUUUAGAUAUACAUGGAUAGUCUCUCUCUCAUUUUGGACUCUUUUGCUAGAAAAGUGGAAACUUUUGACUGAAGAGGUUUCAAACCCUUUAUUCAGAGAAUUCCUUAAAGCUGAAAAUAUUUUAACAAUAUUAAAUGUGCAAUAGAACUUUUAUAAAAUAAUGAUAGCUUUUAAACUGAGGUCAGAUUGUUUAGGUGGUACUGUAGACUUCGGGCAUUGUCAUGAAUUGUUCAUAUUUCUCUGAUGUACUUGGUGCCAGUGGGAAAGAAGCUUAAGUGUCUGCUGAAGAUUGAUAUAGCCCUUGGCAUUUUGUUAUCACAUUCUUAGUUCUCAGGUUGGGACUUGAAUUAUUGCUGCAGAGCAGUAGUGGUUAAUAUAAGAUUUUGGAAUUUAUUAUAAGGGAUUUUUUUGCUUUCAGAAACAUUUUAGAUUAGGAUUUAAUACGUAAAGAUACUGUUACAGGAUAAUAUGUGUAUUUUCCGUAUUGUGUGAAAUAAUUUUUAUUGAAAUCAAGUGGCAUUUCAAAAGAAGUUCAGUAACAGUUAUUAAAGUAAAAAUUACCAGUUUAGUUUUAAAAAAUAAUCUUACUAAAUUUCAGACUGAUAAUUCCUGGUAUUUUCAUAAUCCCAUGUUUUGAUAAAAUACUGAUUACCACUUUAUACCCAUGAAGACAAAUAACUAAUAUAUAAGAAUAGAAUAGUUUUCACUAACCAUUUGUAAAUACUGUUUUCUUCACGUGAGCAAAAGGUCUAACUUCAUUAAAGUUUGAAAAGAAAUAGUAUGCAUGACAGAGGAGAGUUGGCUAAGAAAGGAUUUAACCUGGCGCCGAGGUUAAAAUGAUAAUUCUCUACUGCCUACUCCUGUGUCAAAACUUGGAUUUCUUCCUUUCCUCAGAUUUUCACCGUUGCUGAUAGAAAUUAUGUUCCUGUGUUCACAUGUAAAAGUAUAUAUAGACACCUUAAAUAUAUUGAACAGAAUAUUUUACAUAGUCAUAUACUCAAAUUUUUCAAGAGAUUAGCCAUUAAAAACUAAUUUUACAAGGGAAACUUUAUAAAAAAAUAUUGUUUAUUCUUAGUUUCCAAAUUAGAAAUGACAUCUGUUUUAGUUCUCACAACAUAGUGUGGCUGUUUCCUACUGUUACAUACUCUGUUUUCUGCAGGAAAGGGAUAGUUAAUUUUAUAUAGGAUCAUGAUAUUUCUUUCCCAUGUGCCAAAUGGGAACAUAAUGAUUAUUUGGUGAUCAUUAUUUUGAAGCCUUAUGUUACCAAAACAUAUAAUUAAAAAGUGUGUUUUGUGUUUAUUAAAAAGGGAUUGCUUCCACGACCGUUUAUUAAUUUUUGUAGAAGUUUAAAUUUCUCUAGUGGUCUCCUUUAUUAGUUAUAGUGAAUCCUGCUCUUAAGAUCUUUUGAAGAAUUAGUAAGCUUUCCAUUUCAUUAAGUCUUUUGUUUAUACUAGCUAUUUAAUUGUCGCCUCAGUUCAGGUGAAAAUGAUCAAAUUAGAAGGAAGAUAUCUUUACUAGGUUGGUACUUUGCACACUGGUGGUGAAGUUAUUGCCCUUGGUUAGUACUCCAAGUCAACAUAUCAUCUACAUACUUUAAGGGUAUUUGCAGACUUAGGGAUGCUAGACUGACUUGUAGUUUAAGUCAUGUUUGGAUAGCAAUUUCCACAAGAAUACAUUAAUGUCCAUAGUAAACCAAAGCAUUUCAACACCAAAUAUAAGCCAUGUAAGGGUUUGACAAUUUCAGAUGAUUCAACCUCUUUUUCAUUGUUCUUUAACUAUAUUAAAUAUUCCAUUAUUGUAGCUAUCAACUUUAAUAAACUCAUUUUGUUUCAAAA